UUUACUUUUAGAUGUUCAUAGAUUUUGUUUGAUGCUUUCAUCUACGUUUACUAACUUUAUGAUGAAAAAAAUGCUACUCGCUUUUUUAAUCUUUACAAAAUUUCAAGGAUAUUCGGCAUUUGUUCAGUUUCCUCUGGAAACAUAUUGGAACAUUUCAAACUUAGGUUGGAACGUAGAUACAUCAGAGUUCCUGUGUCAAUCAAACAAUAAUCCUAGUUGUUGCAGUUGUAGUAGUACUUGCUUUUUAUAUAAGACUUGCUGCAUUGAUAUUUAUUGGAAUAAAAGUGAUCCACUUCCAUUGGUUGACUAGAUGAAUAAUAUUGUAGAAACAUCAAAAGCUGUAAAAGACACAGUAUGUGAAAGUUUAGCAUUUAUUGACUUGAGCCAAGGUCACGUUAGUAAGAGUUAUAUGAUGGUUCACUCAUGUUUAAUGGAAGCAAAUAUUGAAGAUAAAAGUCAGUGUACCAACAUAAGUACUCAAGACUUAUUUGAAAGUAUUCCAGUCAUAGGAUCUGAUAACGUGCUUUAUAGAAAUGCUGCAUGCGCAAAAUGUAAUUUUGCAAGUUACCAAACGGUUAAUAUGACAAUACUCUGUAAAAAAAUAGCAUCUAAUAAAGAUUUAAAAACAACUAUGAACCCUGAAAAUAAAAAUAAAUGGUCAGAUAUUUUAGAUGAGUACGAGGAUUGUACUAUUAGUAUUGAGGAAAACAAAGAUAUCAAAAAAUACAUACUUGCAUGCGAUUUAAACUCAAAAACCGACUUUUUAAAAAAUUGUUCAUAUGGAAAUCCGUAUUACGAUUUAUGUAAUUCAUAUUCAGGAAAACUUUUUUAAAAAUACAAAAAUAUUGACUGCUAUAGAUGUGCUAACAACAAUUUGGAAGAUCUAAAUGAAGAUGACUUUAUAUGCUUAGAAGCGAAAGAAAUAGAAAACGGGUCUGCUAGUGGUGAUGAUGAUAAUGAUGAUAAUGAUGGUGAUAAUGAUGGUGGUGAUGAUGAUGAAUAAGAAGAAGAAGAAGGUGAGGGGGAUGAAUUUAGUUGGGCUGCGUUAAUUAAUAUCAACAAAGGUUUAAUAGUAAAAAAGUCGUUUGAUUCUAACUCUCCUAUUAAUGGUAACAAAUGCGAUGAUGAUUAUUUCUUCGAUACAUUUACUCAUAAAUGUGAAAUAAGUAAAAGAGAAAAUAAAAACUUAAACUCAUCUGAACCAUUUGGAUUAAAAUGUCACUGGAAUAGUUAUUUGCUCAAUACUGACACAGAAAGUUUCGAUAAUUGUUUAUUUUCACAACAACCCGCGUUAUUUGUGUUUGUAAAUGAAACUACCAAUUUAACUGCAGAAAAAGAAAUAUUUUUGAAAACAAUAAAUUCCUCUCUCGUUAUCUCUUCGAGUAACUUAAAAAAAAAAAGUUAUAAAAUACUUAGAGCAAACGAAGCUUUUACAUCAGAAAAACUACAAUCUUUUCGAAUACAUCAAUCGACCAUUUUUAGUUAUGCAACUUCGGUGUUCAUUUCGUCAAUAAAAUAUCAAGAAAUCACCGAAAUGUAUGGGUUUGACUUAACAAGAAGUUAUAAAAAGAAAAGAGUUUGUGCGCAGCCAGAAACUAGACAAGUUUUUGAUAAAAACUAUUCUGCAUCAUCUUUCAACUCCGUUCAUUAUAAUAUAACUGAUGAGGAGGUAGUACUCUGGAUUGAUAUUGCACCGUCUGGA